AAGCUUUUCUAGCGGACCCGUGCGCGCGAGGCCUAUUGAUGCAUGAUAGAAUAUUGUUUGGAUCCUAUUUUGGCAUCAACGAAAUUGGUCCACCGUUUCCCACAACACUAAUCAACUAGAAUUCACUUCAGAAUUGAAUUCAGAACCGUUCAACGCUUGUAUUCGUCGUGUGAAGAAUUCAUUAAGUCACCUGGUACUGGGUAAAGUGAUAGUCAUGGCAACGGAAAUAAACACCAUGCCCAAUAGAACAGAACAGAUGUCAAUGGAAACCAGGAGUGACCGAAACAGUUAUAGAUCUGGGUCAAUACAUGCUCGACUCUUCACGAGGUUUCCAUUUAUUAUGAUUUUCUUACAAAUCAUAAUGAUGGCGCUUCUAACCUUCCUUACUGUUUACAUCCACGGACCACCAACAUUUGACGAUGCAUCAAGUGGUAUUGAAGCUCGAGGGACUCCAAUUCAUGACCACAUAAUUCCUCUAGAAAACAUCCUUCUUGGAUCUGACGUUAUUUCUCCAAAUCCAAACCUUUCCUUGGGUAGUUCUACCAUGUCUACCGCCAGUGACUUGGAUUCUACCACGAACUCAACAAUAUAUACUGCCGGGACUCCUUCGAUACCUAUUUGUGGAAAUCCAAGUGGGAGUAGCUUUAGGGCUGUAUACGCCCCCUCGUCUUCGGCAGUGGAACUCUUAACACUUGAAACACUACUAUCUAUGUGCCAACAAGAUGACAUUUUUGUGCGUAACAGCUCUACUUAUGAGACGGUAUGCACCAAGUUAUCUGAUUCUUCGAACCAAUGCUGUCCAUCUUGGUCCAUCCCAAACUACAUAGGCGCCCUCGCCGGGAGGUCCUCUUGUCACGACCUGAAAGCUGAUGACGUUACAUUUGCCAGAGCACUGCUAUCGGAGUGUGCACCAUAUUAUACAUCUGGAGCUUUGUCCGCCGAUUGUGGAUCGGGUGCUGACUGCCCAGAGGUGCCAUUGAACUGCACAACUUUCAACGCCAUUUACGUCAUGCUGUUUGCAAACUCACCGAGUGACUUUUCAUUCCAGGUUGCUGAGACGGGAGACCUUUCACUAACCAAUUCCUUACAAAUUGUUUCGUUAAACUCAUCGUUUAGUACUGGACCGCGGAUGCUUUAUAACGACGCAGCAAACAGACGCUACGUGGACAAUGGUAUUACUAAGAUUGAGGCAAUAGGCACCAACAGAGUCACUAAAUAUUUCCUCAUAUCAGAACCACUAAUGCAGGAUCUAAUAUACGCCGCGAUAGGUGGUGCGGUCGUACUCCUGAUAAUGUGGUUGUAUUUAAGUUCAUUUUUUAUUGCCAUUAUGGUGAUCUUUGAAAUAAUAUUUUCUGUGUUAUUGGCAUACUUUUUAUACUUUGUCGUAUUCCGCCUUACUUUCUUUGCAUUUGGGAACAUGCUUGCUAUUAUUCUAAUAUUAGGGGUUGGAGCAGAUGAUGCAUUCAUUUUCUACGACAUAUUUGAAAAUUUAAGGAGAAAGCAUCCGGAUGCUAAACAAGAGUUCAUUUUAGACGAAACCAUGAAGCAUGCUUUUCCUACCAUGUUUGUCACAAGUUUUACCACAGCAUCUGCUUUAUUUGUCAAUGUUACCAGCUCCGUAACAAAUAUUCGCCUCUAUGGCAUUUAUGCAGGGACUGUGGUGUUGUGCAAUUUUUUGUUUACAUUGACUUGGUCUCCAGCUGCUGUCAUCAUCUAUGAUAGACAUCUAAGGCUGCUUUUCCAGGCAUCAUCGACCAGUAAGGAAACAAGUUUCCAUAAAAUGAGGAACAUUUGGCAUAAACUGCGGGCAUUCUUUCGUCGUAUCUUUGAAGUAUACCUCCCGGCGCUUGCAUUCAAACUUCGUUGUCUUUGGAUUCUUAUGUUCACUUGUAUUUCAAUUGGAGCACUCCUUGUUGUAUUCUGGCGGCCCCAGCUCAGAGUACCGACUUCAAACACAGAAUUCCAAAUCUUCACAUUGAAGCACCCACUUGAGAGAUAUGACCAGUUGUUUAGAUCAACAUUUGAUAUCGAAAGAGCUAAAUUGGCGCCUUUACAGUUCAUUGUCGUCUGGGGCACUGUUCCGAUUGACAAUGGAGAUCCUUUUGAUCCUACAAAACGCGGUUACGUUCAACUUGAUAAAUCAUUUAGUCUUGAUGACCCAGAAUCCCAAGUCUGGUUACUUAAUUUCUGCUCGGAGGUUCGACAGCAAAGUUUUUAUAGCCCACCAUCUGUUGUCUAUGAAGACUGUUUUAUUGAGAAGAUGAAGGUUUUUAUGGAAACGCCAUGUGUACCAUCAAGUAUUGGAACUGACUUCUCACCCUGCUGUGGUCAGACUUCUUUUCCAUAUUCGGCGGACUUACUGAAAUUGUGCGCUCCAAAAUACGCAGCGUUCGUCUGCGAAUCAAUAGAUGGUGGCUGUCCUGCAGCUCUUCCUGGUCUCCGAUUCGACUCAGAAAACAACAUCAAUGCAUUUUUUGUGCAGUUCCAGAGCACAACUUUGUCGCAACUGGAGUUCGAUCCUGUGAAGGACUACUUCGAUACAGCUCUUGCUUGGGUAGACGAAAAGGUUAAAACGGCUCCUGGUGGUUUACAAGGUGGCUGGUUUGGAACAUAUAGUCUUGCGCAACCAUUUUAUGUUGAUCUCAUCAUUAACCUGUUACAAGAUACGCCUCUUGCAAUUGGUUUAUCAUUGAUCAUUGCAAUGGCAGUAUUGCUCAUCACCAACAAAAAUGUCCUAAUUGCAUUUUACGCUACACUGUCAAUCGGUGGUGCCGUUAUCACAUCGGUGGCAAUUUUUGUCUUGAUUGGGUGGGAUCUUAGUGUGUUUGAGUCAGCGUUGAUUAUCCUAACAGUUGGCCUUGCUACCGAUUUCACCAUUCAUUACGGGGUUGCCUACCGUCUGGCGCCACACAACGACAGGAAGAACCGUGCCCAAUACUCUUUAUCAAAUCUAUCUUCUGCGAACACCAUGGCAGCCUUGUCCAGUUUCUUAGUAGGAGCACUUAUAUUACCAGCCAAUGUCUUGAUAUUCUAUCAACUUGGUAUCGCUCUAGAAGUUGUCAUCGCCGUAAGCUGGGCAUUUGGGACCCUUUUCUUCAUACCAUUAUGUUACGUAGCAGGACCCCAGGGAACUUGCUGUCUAAUCCGUUGUUGCUGUCGAAAAUCACGUGAAAACAACCAACAGUACUAACUUGAAAAUAAUGAUAGUCAAAUAUAUAUUUUUGUAAUGUAGCAGCAGCCUUGAAAAGAUGAGAGGAAAAAAAAUAUUUUUGUAUCAUGAGAAGUAACAAAAUAAUAUCAUUCGAGCUUUUUAAAUGAUUUCGAUGUUUGAAAAAAGGUAAAUACUUGUUUAAUCAAAAUGUAGAGAACGAAGACAAUGGGUGUAACAUUUAACAUUGGGUAUACAUGUAUGUUAUUAUGAUGUAUGCAGAAGUAUACAGUAAAUUAGUAAAUUAACCUUCAUAACCAUGAUAACUAAAUAUUCUUUGAAGUUUCACCUUUAACACUUUGUACGCGGAAUUAACUCAGGAGAGAUGAUUAUGUCAAUUGUAUUGAUAUUUUCUUUGAAUCUAGAAUUCGACAUUGCAUCACUCAUACUGAUACCCUAGAAGUAUAAUCAUUCAUGACCUUAAAGAUGAAGUUGAACUUGAAGAAAAGUUUGUUGUAAAAAUAACAAAAAAAAUAAUAAAGAAUAAUGGUGAGGGUUUGAGGAAAAUCC